AUGCAAGAAGAAAAUUACUCUAAACUAUCUGAAACAAUUCAAGAACCAUUUACAGAGCAUAUUGGAAAUGAAGAAGCAAAAGUAGAAGAAACAUAUCAACCUUCAAAUUUUUCCGUUCAAUUUUCGAAUGUUACUAAUGUAACAAAAGUAGGUCUAGAUUUUGCAAGUGUUGUUUCCAAAGUUACAUUUGAUACAAUGAAGCUUACAACUCAAACUGGGCUAGGAAUUACCAAGGUGGUGACUGGUACUGUAUCAGAUAGUUUAAUCUCAAUAAAUAAUGCUACAAUGAAUGCCAUUAAUAACAAUAACGGAGACAUUGAUAAUAAUGGAAAUAAUGAUAAUACUGGAUACUCAUUUAUUCCAAUGAUAAUCGAUACAUCAACAAAUAUAUUACACAAAACAUUGUCAAUUGCUGAGAAUAUUGCUUUGUUUGGGAUAGAUUUGACAUCGGAUACUAUUCAAUAUAGCUUGGAUACAACAACUGAUGGUUUAUCAGUUGUUGAAAGCUUGUUUGGUAUAUCUGAUUCAGCUAAAGCACUUGAAGAAUUUGUAACACUUGUUAAACGUGAAUGGAGAUUUGAUGAUAUUGAUGAAAACAGUUGUGAUGAUACUAUUCACAAUAGCGAUAGAUCUGUAAAUAAUAUCGAUGGCGGUGAUAGCAGUAAUAAUUUGGAUACUACUAAUGAUGGUAACAAUAAUAAUGUUACAAAAUUUAGAACAUUACGUAUUAUGAAGGCACUAAUUAUUGGAGAAAAUUGA